GGAAAGCCCCCCAGGUCACCUAAGGAAGGGGCCGGUUGCCAGGAACCAAACCAGGUGAUCUGAGGGUUGUAACUUUCAGUCCCACCCCCAGGUCUCCAGUGGCCAAUGACUUAAUUACUAUGACUAUAUAAUGAAGCCUCCAUUAAAAACCCAAAAGCACAGGGUUCAGAAAGCUGGGUUGGUGAACACAUGGAGGUUUGGGGAACGUGGUGCAUCCAGAAAGGGCAUUGAAGCUCUGAGCCCCUUCCCCAUAACUUGCCCGAUGACCCUUUCCAUCUGGCUGUUCUUGAGUUACAUCCUGUUAUAAAAAACCGGUAUUCUAGCAAAUAAACUGUUUUUCUGUGUUCUACGAGCUGCUGUAGUAAAUUAAUCAAACCCAAGGAGGGGACUGUGGGAACCUCUGAUCUCCAGCUGGUUGGUCAGACACACAGGUGACAAUCCGGACUUGUGAUGGGCGUCUGAAGCGCGGCAGGUGCAGUCUGGGACAGAGCCAUCCACCUGUGUAUCUCCAGGUAGCUAGUGUCAGACUUGAGUUGCACUGUAGGACACCCAGCUGGUGUCGGAGAAUUGCUUGGUGGUGACAGAAGUAACAACGGGGAUGAACCUCGAAAACAUGACACAAGUGAAAGAAGCCAGACACAAAGACAGGGUUUGUGAUUCUAUCUAGACGAAGUUCUGGCAGAGACGGAAGUAAUCUGUGAUGGAAAAAAAAAAAAUUGGAGCAUAAGUUCCUUUUGGACGGUGGAGAUGGAGAUUGACCAGGAAGGGGCCCGAGAGAGAACCUUGUGGAGGGACGGGAACGUUUUGUGGCCAGAAGUUGAUUUACACAGGAUGUGGUCCAGCCUGAACGAGUGGCUGUGGCAGGACAGGUUCUGGCUGCCAGCCAACAACUCAUGGGCUGACCUAGAGGACCGAGAUGGCUUGGUCUACCCCCACCCCCGGGACAUGCUGAUGGCCCUGCCCCUGGCGCUGGUGCUGCUGGCCGUGCGCUUUACCUUUGAGAGGUUCGUCGGCCUGCCCCUGAGCCGGUGGCUGGGGCUGCGCAGUCAGACCAGGAGGCUGGUGAAGCCCAUUGCCGCUCUGGAGAAGCACUUCCUGACGGAAGGGCAGAGGCCCACGGAGCCCCAGAUGACCCUCCUGGCCGCCCAGUGCGGCCUCACGCUGCGGCAGACCCAACACUGGUUCCGGAGACGCCGGGACCAGGACCGGCCCUGCCUGAGCAAGAAGUUCUGUGAGGCCAGUUGGAGGUUCGUCUUCUACCUGUGCUCCUUCAUCGGUGGACUCUUGGUCCUGUACCACGAGUCGUGGCUGUGGACGCCGGUGAUGUGCUGGGACAAUUACCCAAAGCAGACCCUGAAGCUGGCCCUGUACCACUGGUACCUCAUGGAGCUGAGUUUCUACAUCUCCCUGCUGAUCACGCUGCCCUUCGACAUCAAGCGCAAGGAUUUCAAGGAGCAGGUGGUGCAUCACUUCAUAACCAUCACCCUGAUCGUCUUCUCCUACAGCGCGAACCUGCUGCGCAUUGGCUCUCUGGUGCUGCUGCUGCAUGACUCCUCCGACUUCCUGCUGGAGGCCUGUAAGUUGUUCAACUACACGCACUGGCGGCGCACUUGCGACACUCUCUUCAUCAUCUUCUCCUUGGUCUUCUUCUACACUCGCCUUGUGCUCUUCCCCACGGAGAUCAUCUACACCACGUACUACGAAUCCAUUGCCAACCUGGAACCCUUCUUCAGCUACUACUUCUUCAACACACUUCUGAUGCUGCUGCAGCUGCUGCACGUGUUCUGGUCUUGUCUCAUCCUUCGCAUGAUCUACAGCUUUAUGAAGAAAGGCCAGAUGGAGAAGGAUAUUCGCAGUGACGUGGAGGAUUCGGAUUCAAGCGACGGGGAGGCCGCCCCAGAGGUUCCGCGGCUGAAGAAUGGGGCAGCUCAUCAGCCUGGAGUGGCCCCCACCGAUGGCCCUCGGAUCCGGGCAGCUGGGCGGGUGGCCAAUGGGCACACACGAGCCACAUAGAUGGCCAAGGACUGGCCGCGAGGGGCUGCCCCAGCACCCGGCAGCUUGGAUUUGUGGGGUGGCUGGACCAGCAACCCUGGGGCCAGCUGUGUGGAGACAGGGAGGGCCCUGCCCUCAGGUGGCGGGGAGGGCUGAUGAUCUGUCUCCAG